CUGUUGAACACGCUCGGUAACUUUAACAUUAUCAUUGGUUCAUGCUGAAGCAGAGUAUCUCAUUGUACACCGACGAAGAAGAGAAUAGUGUUCACAACUUUGAACCAAGUGGCAAUGAGACAAAGCGGCCCGGUCCAUCGAGUUUAGAACCUUGGAUUAAACAACUUGUCUAGCACUCGUCUCCGUCUUACACUUUUAUCUCUAUCUGUCUAUUUAUUUAUUUAUUUUCUUUUAUUUUCUUUUAUUUUCUUUUCUUAUAUCUCUAUCAUUAUUGCUAGAACGAUCGUCCCGGCGAUGGCUACGCCGACACAUGGGGCAGCGGAGGACCUAGGAGGAACAAUAGAGUUGCGCAACAACACCAACAGCAACGCCACACUCAACCACGACUGGGCGCAUGGUGAUGCAUAUACGGAGGAUAAGAUCGAGGAGGACUACGAUCGGCACACGAUGAUGAGAAACAGAACAGCCGGGAGGGAUGGCUCUCCCUUCCAUGGCAAAGAUGGCCUCCAGCGGCUUUCUUCCCACGCCGACGACGAGUUUGCCGCGCGAAGCGAUCGCAGUGGCUCGAUUGCCUCUACAGAGCGCGUAGAGACCGCGGACGGAGCGGGAGCGGGGGCGGGGGCGGGGGAAGGCCAUGAGGAAGGCGAGAUGGUGUACAAGGUCUACAGGCGGAGAUGGUUCGGGCUCAUACAAUUGACGCUACUCAAUCUCGUCGUGAGCUGGGAUUGGCUCACCUUCUCCCCGGUCUCUCAAUACGCGGCCGAGUACUACGGACAUUCCGAGUCUGACAUCAACUGGUUCUCGACGGCCUUUCUCUUCGCAUUUGUCGUUGCGUCGCCCUUGACCAUCUACAUGCUGCACUGGGGGCCGAAGCAGUCGAUCGUGACGGCCGCCGUCUUCACGAUCCUGGGCAACGUCGUACGCGUGGCUGGAUCGCACUCGCGCGCCGGCGGCAUUUACGGCGUCGUCAUGUUCGGCCAGAUCUUGAUCGGGCUCGCGCAACCCUUCGUCCUAAGUGCCCCAACGCGCUACUCUGAUCUAUGGUUCACAAACCAUGGUCGCGUCGCUGCCACGGCCCUCCCGAGUCUCGCAAAUCCCUUCGGCGCCGCCCUCGGCCAGCUCAUCGUCCCGUUCCUGGCCACCAAGGCCGCGGAGGUGUCGAAUGCCGUCCUCUACGUAACCAUCAUCUCCGUAGCCGUGUCCCUCCCAGCCUUCUUCAUCCCAGCCGCGCCGCCAACCCCCCCGGAACCGUCCGGCUCGAGUUCCAAGGAACCCCUCCGAGAAUCGCUACGCCACCUGAAAUCCCUCGAGCUGUGGCUGAUCCUGAUCCCCUUCGCCGUAUACGUCGGCUUCUUCAACAGCAUCUCCUCGCUCCUCAACCAGAUCCUCGUCCCCUACGGCUUCAGCACCGACGACGCGGGCAUCGCCGGCGCCGUGCUCAUCGUCGUGGGCCUCGUGGCGAGCGCCAUCUCCUCGCCGAUCCUCGACCGCACGAAGGCCUUCAUCCUCGCCAUCAAGGUCGCCACGCCCAUCAUCGGGCUCUCGUACCUCGUCUUCAUCUUCGCCCCGGCGACGCGCACCCUCGCGGGCCCCUUCGUCGUCCUCGCCAUCCUCGGCGCCGCGAGCUUCUCCCUCGUCCCCGUGGCCCUCGAGUACCUCUGCGAGCUCAGCUACCCCAUGAGCCCCGAGGUGACGUCCACCAUCGCCUGGGGCGGCGGCCAGCUUCUCGGCGGCGUCUUCAUCCUCGUGUCCGACGCCCUCAAGGCCGGGCCCACGGCCGACCCGCCCGCGAACCUCGACCGCGCCCUCAUCUUCACCGCCGUGAUAGCGCUCGCCGCUGUCCCGCUGCCGCUGUCCCUCGGUCUCUUCGGACGCAAGGAGAAGCUCGCCCUCAAACGUCUACGAAGCGACGACACGACACACAGCCAGAGUGAUGGCGGGCAGAGUCCUGUGUGAUAUCCAUUUGUUGUACCCGAACUUUCGCGUCCCGGUUGGAUUUGGAUGUUUGUUUCUGGGUGUUUAUCUCUGGGAGGGUUUUUGCAUGCUUGGAGCGUCGUGGCCGGCGGGUUAAUUGUCACAUCCCCCACUUUUAGUGGCGUGUUUCUGGCCGGAUCGUAUUAUCACCAUGUUAAGCAAGGCAUGGGAGUAAUAAGUGCAUUGGGGGUAAAU